CUUCCAAUCCACUCAAAACAACUCCUCUCUCCAGCAGAGAGUGUCACCUCCUGCCUUGGGACAGCGGGCUCCGCUUACUGCAGCUCCCUCACGCGCAGGUCCCAUCGCAAGUCUUCCCUCGUCCCCACCUUCCCUGGGUAUAAAUCUCUGCUGCAGAAUCACAGAAAAUCAAAUUCUAGCCUGAGCCUGUUUCACCAAGAAGUUCCUCACGAGCUGUGCUGGGGCCCUACGAUGAUACAUCAACCACUUUUGCUGCCACCUGUCAAAACUUUGGAUGAACCUACUUUCAGGUCAUGACCUCUGACUUUAAGAAAUUCUUCAAGACAAUGUCAGAUAUGAUCCAAGAGAAAAUGUGAUUUGAGUCUGGAGACAAUCGUGCAUAUCACUUAAUAAUAAAUCCCGAGAUACAAAGAGAAGAGAAAACCAAGCCCAGAGGAUUGCUACGACCAACAAGGAGAUCCUGCUAGUACAGCUUGAUUUACAAAUAAUUUAUUUGGGCUAUAAAGAUGGAGAAAAAGUAUACCCUGUAUUUUUUGCUGCUUUUUCCUUUAUUAAUGAGUCUCGCCGCAGCAGAACCUGAAGAACACCCCAAUGACACCGUGCACUUGAGGGUGACUCGAAAUAAAAUCAUGACUGCUCAGUACGAGUGUUACCAAAAAAUUAUGCAAGAUCCUAUGCCACAGACAGAAGGCACUUACUGCAACAGGACAUGGGACGGCUGGCUCUGCUGGAACGACGUGGCCGCCGGAACGGAGGCCAUGCAGCACUGCCCGGAUUACUUUCAAGACUUUGACCCUUCAGAGAAAGUUACAAAGAUCUGCGAUCAAGACGGAAACUGGUUUAGACAUCCGGAAAGCAACAGAACGUGGACCAACUAUACCCAGUGCAACAUCAACACGUCUGACAAAGUGAAGACGGCACUGAAUUUGUUCUACCUGACUAUCAUUGGACAUGGGUUAUCUAUUGCGUCACUGGUUAUCUCACUGGGCAUAUUCUUUUACUUCAAGAGCCUGAGUUGCCAAAGGAUUACACUGCACAAAAAUCUGUUUUUCUCAUUUGUCUGUAACUCCACCGUGACAAUCAUUCACUUCACCGCAGUGGCCAACAACCAGGCCUUGGUGGCCACAAAUCCUGUCAGCUGUAAAGUGUCCCAGUUCAUUCACCUCUACCUUCUGGGCUGCAACUACUUCUGGAUGCUGUGCGAGGGCAUCUACCUGCACACGCUCAUCGUAGUGGCCGUGUUCGCUGAGAAGCAGCACUUGGUGUGGUAUUAUUUUCUUGGCUGGGGAUUUCCACUGAUUCCUGCCUGUAUACACGCUAUUGCCAGAAGCUUAUAUUAUAAUGACAAUUGCUGGAUUAGUUUUGACACCCACCUCCUCUACAUUAUCCAUGGCCCCAUUUGUGCUGCCUUACUGGUGAAUCUUUUCUUCUUGUUGAACAUUGUGCGUGUUCUCAUCACUAAGUUAAAAGUCACGCACCAGGCCGAAUCCCAUCUCUACAUGAAAGCUGUGAGGGCUACUCUGAUCCUGGUCCCACUGCUUGGCAUCGAAUUUGUGCUGCUGCCCUGGCGGCCUGAGGGAAGAAUAGCUGAGGAGGUCUACGACUACAUCAUGCACAUUCUCAUGCACUUCCAGGGUCUUUUGGUCUCCACAAUUUUCUGCUUUUUUAAUGGAGAGGUUCAAGCAAUUCUGAGGAGAAACUGGAACCAAUACAAAAUCCAGUUUGGAAACAGCUUUUCCCACUCGGACGCGCUCCGCAGCGCAUCUUACACGGUGUCAACAAUCAGUGACGUUCCUGGCUUUAGUCAUGACUGCCCCAGUGAACAGCUGAACGGGAAAAGCAUGCAUGAGAUUGACAAUGUUGCCCUCAAGUCAGAAAAGCUAUAUGAUUUAGUUAUAUGAAAAUAGAGGAAUCUUUGUCUAUUUUGUGCCACUUCUAGCUCAAGGACUUGGACCCAUGAUCUUACAGUCAGAAGACUUCGGUAUUAAGUGCAUUUCUUGAACGCCAUAAAGAGAGACCUCAAAUGAAAUGAGCGUUAUGUUAAUUGUUUGACAACUAGCUGCAAAUGGGGGGAAAGCCCUGAUUUAUGUAUGACAGUAAAUUCUCCACUACAGCUUGUUUCAAAGUGCCAACUUGACACCACUCGAUGUGGAACUGGGGAAAGAAAAACUACAAUCAACUCAUGAGCUGUUGUGUGUCAGCUCCAGCACACCCCUGCAUGAAUUAACCUAUGAAUACAACUCUAAAAGUUCACACGCACACUGGGUAUGACCCUACUUUUGUUAUGUAAGGAGACCUGGCUAACUCUUAUAGACAUGGCAGAAAAUUUUACUUUUGAUUUGUGAACUAUAAAACUCACUAUCCAACUUUCAUUGGUCCAGUUGGAUUUCAUUGGCCCAGAAAGAACUCCUUUUUGCAAUGCUUUCUCAAAUGAAUCAAAGAUUUGUUUUUUUUUCUUAUUAUCUUAUUCUAUGUUUUU